GCACGGAGGUUGCCUCCUCCUCCUUGGCCGGGUCCGGCCGCGGACCGGAGAAGAUUUCGAAGUUAGAGAGUGAGAUCGAGCACCUUCAAAAGCUGAAUGCUCAAUUGAAGGGGCAGCUCCGCCAGCAGCAUGCCGCGAUGCUUCGCAUGGCUGCCUUCGUGAGCAUCGAGUGCGAUCCGGUGGUCGAGCAGGCGCUGGAGGGUAUCAUCCGACUCGGCUGGGACAGCCUCAAGUGGAAGAGAGGCUACACGAUGCUGCACUACUGUGCAGAGUGUGUGGAAGAGCCUUCAGUGGUGGAGCUGAUGGGCCUGCUAGCCACGGAUGUGGACCGCAAAGACGACAACAGUCUUCGGCCCAUCGACUAUGCUAGGCAGACUGGCCGCGAACCGAUCAUCCAAACGUUGGAGAAGCUGCGCAAGUUCCACAAGCGGCUGGCCUCCGGCGUGAAGGUCGAGGAGAAGGAGCCUGAGAAGAAGGAGACCAGUGUCAGGGAGGUCAGUGUGAAGACGCCGGAGAAGGAGGCAGCGCCAAGAGACAGAUUCGGUACCAGAAGCCAAAGCGUCGUGAAAGUGAAGGCCGAUGCCGAUGUGCGGCAGCAACUGAACGAGGCGACGGACAUGAAUCGACAGCCGGGCUCCCGACUUUCCAGAUCCUUCGGAACGGUAGGGGCCCUAGCAUAG